AUGUAUUACCAGACGGCUGGUAGACAAGACCACCUACAUUUCACCACCACAAAAAAAUCGUCUGGCGAUCUUCCAGGUUCGCGAAAUCGAUCAAGAGUAGUCCAGUCUCGACCAUCCCAAGCCGGAAACGUCAAGGAGGAAGUUUCCUAUCCCCCAGUCGUUCUUGCAUGUGACCGGCCCGAAAACACCGUGGAGAAAAAAUCGCCUGUCCACAUUGAUUGGGUACGUCCCAAAAUCGCAGCCUGCCCACGCGAACUUCCCUGUCGGAUGCUGACGCCGUUUUUACAAGCUGCCGACCAACACCAUCUGGGACUGGGGUCGCACAUUCCCCAGACUGACCUAGUCUCGCCGUUCGGCACUUUGGUCGGCUUGGAGCUUUACGACCACGACGAUGAGGUUUGGGAGGAGGCGAAGGUCCCGGCCGCCGCCAAGGCCAGCAAGGGCGGUUUGAAGGCUUAUAUCAACGAGCGCUGCGCCUACCGCGGCAUUGACUUGCCCUAUCCCGACCCCGAGGACGAUAAUGAGCAUGCUGAGAACACCAACACCAACAACAACUACAACAAUCAUUACCACACGCGCAAGCGUCGUCGCGUUGAGAGCCCCGCGGGCGAUGAGAACCGCGCUUCUGCCCCUGGUAGACAGAACAAUAUCGUCGUGGAUGCGGUUGUCGAUGUGUUUCUCGAAGGUAGCAGCGACGAGGUUGACGAUAACCAGGACGACCAAGCGGCAUUAAGCUACGAGGGUAGCGACGACGACCUUGACGAUGACCAGGAGGAAGAGUAG